CCUACUCCAUCGCGUCGCGUGUCGUUCGGCCCGCAUAUCAUUACCGCAAAUUAUCAAUCAUAGAAACCUUCCGGAGUGAAAACAAGUGUUCUGUUAUAAUAAGUUCGCGAUGCUUCGCCCGUUUUUGGAUGCAUUUUGGAACGAAGAUGUGUGGUUGCCGCCCAACACUACGUGGGCAGAUAUAGCGCCCGGCCCAGACAAAACGGUCACCUACACCGACCAUCGGCAUGUUUUCCUUCCGAUACCCAUGGCCCUGGUCUUUAUAGCUCUACGCUUCGUUUUAGAGAAAUAUGUGUUUGCUCCAUUUGGCAAGUCCCUAGGCAUUAAGGAUGGUAGAAAUAAGAAACCUGCACCCAACCCUAAACUGGAAGCCGCCUAUAGGGCCAACCCUGCUUCAAGAAAGUUGGCAGCCCUAGCGAAGCAGAGCGACAUGUCCGAGCGGCAGGUCGAGCGCUGGUGGCGCCUCCGUCGGUGCCAGGACAAGCCCUCCACGCUCGUCAAGUUCUGCGAGAACGCGUGGAAGUGCUCCUUCUAUGUCUGCAACUUCAUCUUCGGGAUAGCCAUACUGUGGAACAAGAAGUGGCUGUGGGACAUAGAUCAUGCUUAUAUAGGAUAUCCUCAUCAGGGCCUAACGAACGACGUGUGGUGGUACUACAUGAUCUCCUCAGCCUUCUACUGGUCGCUCACCAUAUCGCAGUUCCACGACGUGAAGCGGAAGGACUUCUGGCAGAUGUUCGUUCAUCACCUGGCAACCAUCAUGCUGUUGUCCUUCAGCUGGAUCUGCAACCUGCACAGGAUAGGGACGCUAGUUCUGCUGGUGCACGAUUGUGCUGAUAUAUUUGUAGAGGCGGUGAAGGCCACAAAGUACGCCAACUAUCAGAGGACAUGCGACACGCUGUUCCUGGGGCUCAUCGUCACCUGGAUCACCACGAGGAUCUUCAUCUACCCCUACUACAUCAUCUGGAGUACACUGAUUAGAGCGCCGAUGCUACUACCCAUGUUCCCGGCAUAUUACAUCUUCAACUCGCUGCUCUGCUUACUGCUGGUGCUGCACGUGGUGUGGACGUGGCUUAUACUACAGAUAGCCUACAAGGCCAUAUACGCUGGAAAGAUGGACGGAGACAUCCGCAGCAGUUCAGACGAAGUGAGCGACAGCUCAAACCGCUCAAACGGCACGGCGCGACCACACAAAGACUAAUCACCCAAGGAUCAC